AGCACCCCCAAAUUGUUUUCUAGAUGCUGGCUUUAUUUUCAUUGAGGCAGAUAAAAAAGUCAACUGCUGCCCAUAGACAUCUCCAACUUGAUGCCUUUAUCAUCAUCAUCUUCAACUGUCAUGAUUAUAAUUUGAUGAUUUUAUUUAUGAUGAAUAUGAAUUAUGAAGCCAUAGCCUACAAGCCUAAAAUAAAUGAACGCAACAACUAACUCUGAAAAUUGAGGCGAGUGUUUUUUGACCGUCUUUUUUCAAGUAGCUUUCAUGUGACUGUGAAAGUUGAUGCUUGAACAAAACAAAAGAAGAAGAGAUAAAGUGACUGAUUUAGAAGAAGAUUUCAAAGUCCAAAGAAAGAGACAGACACACAGAGAGCAGAAGGAAGAAAAUUCAACACUUUCAGAAAGCUGUUUUAUUUUUAUUUUCUUUUUUGGGUAGAAUAAUGUUUUCAACCCUACCACUCCUACUACUAAUGCUCCUUAGAGUUAAACAAUGUUAAAGUUGAAUUAGAUUUGAUAUUCUUCGAUCUUGUAGUUUUAGCUUUCAGUUCCAACUGAUUUGGUAUCAUGAAGGGUGUUCUAAUUUCCAUCAACUUUAUCUUUUGUUGCUUCUUACUGUUUUUGGAUUCAUCAACUUCACUUCCUUUAUGCGUUGACUCAAGUGCACCUUUCAUCCUCAAUAGCACACUUGAAUUUUGUCCUUACAAUGGAAGCACUUGCUGCAACUCCACAGAAGAUGCACAAAUUCAGAAACAAUUCCAGCUUAUGAACAUCUCUGAUACUACCUGUGCCUCAGCUCUGAAAUCGAUACUUUGUGCGAGGUGUGAUCCGUAUUCGGCCGAGCUGUUUACAGUUCAAUCGACGCCCCGGUCAGUUCCCUUGCUCUGCAAUUCCACCAUUGCAUCCAAUUCCUCCCAGUCAAAGGCAGUAGCAGUGGAAGACUUCUGCUCUCAAGUCUGGGAAUCAUGUCAAUCUGUGUCAAUAAAGAACUCGCCAUUUUCGCCUUCAUUACAAGGCCAAGCAGGGAGAACACCAUCUAAAAGCAAUCCAAGCAAACUCACAGAUCAAUGGCAGUCGAAAACAGAUUUUUGUACUGCAUUUGGUGGAUCCUCCACUAGUGAAUCUGUAUGCUUUGAAGGAGAACCUGUUGCAUUAAAGAACACUGACUCAGAAGCUCCUAUUAAUCCUCCACAUGGCUUGUGCCUGGAAAAAAUUGGCAAUGGAUCCUAUCUCAACAUGGUUGCUCAUCCAGAUGGCACGAACCGUGCAUUCUUCUCGAAUCAGAAGGGACAAGUUUGGUUAGCAACUAUUCCAUUCCAUCCGAAAUUCGCAGAAAAUGGCCGGUUCUUCGCCUCAUUCACCUGUGACAAAGAUAAGUGGUCUGGUUGUAAUGGAAUAUGUUCUUGUAACUCAAAUGUUAAUUGUGAUCCUUCAAAGAUAGGCACAGGUAGUAGUGGUGUACAACCCUGCCAAUACCAAGCUGUUGUUGCUGAAUAUACUGCUAAUGGUACCGCGUCUCAGCCUUCAUCGGCUGUAAGUGCUAAACCAACAGAGGUGAGAAGGAUAUUUACCAUGGGGUUGCCUUCUAAUACUGAGAAUGGAGGUCAGAUUCUCUUUGGACCUGAUGAUGGGUACUUGUACUUCAUGAUGGGAGAUGGUUCAGGCACUGGUGAUCCAUACAACUUUGCUCAAAACAAGAAAUCAUUGCUUGGAAAGAUUAUGAGGCUUGAUAUAGACAACAUCCCAAGUGCAGCAGAAAUUAGCAAACAAGGUCUUUGGGGUAGCUAUUCCAUUCCUAAGGACAAUCCAUUCAGCCAAGACAAUGGUUCACAGGCUGAAAUAUGGGCCUUGGGAUUAAAAACUCCAUGGCGAUGCAGUUUUGAUUCAGAAAGACCUUCCUACUUUUUCUGUGGAGAUGCUGGACAGGAUCUUUAUGAGGAAGUGGAUCUCAUCACAAAAGGUGGAAACUAUGGCUGGCGUGUUUAUGAGGGUCCCUAUCCAUUCACCCCUAACGAAUCACCUGGAGGAAAUACCUCCAAAGACUCCAUAAAUCCAAUUAUGCCAAUACUUGGAUACAACCAUUCGGAGGUUAACAAGAAUGAAGGGUCAGCAUGCAUCAUUGGGGGUUAUAUGUAUCGAUCUAACACUGAUCCUUGCAUGUAUGGAAGGUACCUGUAUGCUGAUCUAUAUUCAGUUGCAGUGUGGGAAGCAACAGAAGAUCCUGUAAACAGUGGAAACUUCAGCAAAAGCAGAAUCCCCUUCAGCUGUUCACAUGAUUCUCCUAUCAAAUGUGAUCCUGAGCCUGGAACCUCCCUCCCAGCGAUAGGCUACAUCUACUCAUUUGGAGAGGACAACAACAAAGACGUGUAUAUCCUUACAAGCAAAGGCGUCUACAGAGUUGUUCGUCCGAGUCGCUGCAGCUACACUUGCUCUCAGGAAAAGGCAACAACAGAGGCUCCUUCUCCUUCUACUUCUCCAUCUCAUGCAUGCCGUAACUUCUCUAUAUACCAGUUUCUGCAGAUUUCAUUUUUCUUGUUGCUUUUGAUAUGUUUUGUGUAGUGUGAUCCUGUUUCUUGGGCAUGAAGAAACAUAGAAAGCAUAUUCACUUGAUGUAAUGUUAUGUGUUCAUGGUAAUGUGAACAGAAGUGAUUUCUCCCUUUGAAAAUCAAAUAAGAACGUAACAUUAAUACUGCUUUACACUAACAA